AUGAACAACUGGUCUGAUCCCGACGCGACUCUACCCAAUCCCGAUGCUGCAUUCGCUUCUCCAUCGGGCGCUACCAGCUGGCCUGAUGAAUUUGCCCAUGAUCCAGGCUUCUUAGCAUCCCAGGAGGAACUACGAUGCAUGCUUUUCAAUCUCGCGCAGUCUGCAGCUCCCACCCGGGCACCGAGCCCAGAUACCCAGGAACAGGACUCCCGACAAUUGCAGGACAGGGAGCAGACACCGACGCGCCCUGUGCUGUCAAAUCUGCGUCGCAUUGAGUACCUGAAGAACUAUGUUAGUCAGGUGGCACCGUGGCUCGAUAUGUUCGAUUCGCAGUGUACCUUUCGAGUCCAGAUUCCCGCACUGGCCCGAUCAUUCCCCGCCUUGAUGAAUGCGAUCCUCGCGAUAUCCGCCCGACAAAUGGAAAGGAAGGAGGGGAUUCAAAACUCGUUUGACAGCUUGGAGCUUUACCAGGAAGCGAUUCGCCUGCUCAGCCCAUUGUUGCAGAUGCGGGAUCCUAAAGUUGUCGCCGCCUGUGUACUGCUCUGCUGUCUUGAAAUGAUGUCUGCGCGGGCGCAGGAUUGGCAGCGUCAUUUGGAGGGAUGUGCGGCACUUUUUGACGCAGUCGAAAUGAACGGGUUCAGCAGCGGGCUUCUACAAGCUGUGUUUUGGUGCUACGCACGCAUGGACUUAUGUGGCGCGUUGAUCUCUGAUGGGACACAGAGCACUCUUCUUCGGCCCAGCAAAUGGCUCGCACCUGGAUGUCACGAAGAUGAUGCUGCUCAGCUCUUCGAAUCUGUCCAGUCCCCGGAUAUGCACGCCAACUACGCCGUAUACCUCUGCGCAAAAUCAUGCGAGCUGGUGGCUGAUCGUACUCAGUUUGUGGAGCUCGGUGUUCAGAAUGACUGCGCCGGAAAGGCCUUCAAUCGCCGCUGGCUGCGACUCUGGAACGAUUUGCAGCAUUGGCUUGACAACCGACCACCGGAGCUGUUGCCAAUCCACACCACGACGACCAAACCAUUCCCCCACAUCCUUUUUCUGCAAUGGGCGGCUAUAUCCUCGAACCAACUAUAUAGCACGGCAUGCAUCUUGCUGCUCAAUUUGAUGCCUAAAUCUAUCAAGCUGCAACCAACACCUGCAGUGUCUGCCCUCUGGCAUGCGAGGCGAAUUUGUGGAAUUUCGCUCGCCAAUCCGCACCACGGAUGCUUAAAUAACGCUAUCCAGCCAUUAUGGAUUGCGGGACGGCUGUUCAGCCAUGUAUCAGAACACGCGAUUAUAAUCGACCUGAUCCGUCACAUUGAAGCUGAGACUGGAUGGGGUGCUUGCUGGCGCAUCUGCGACCUGGAACUCGCCUGGGGUUAUCAGGUCUCACGCUCAGACCGGACUAUUAAUAGACAGCGGUUUCCCGUAACAGGGUGA